AUGCUUGAGGUUGACGGGAGUGAGGGGUUGAGAUUGGCGGAUAGGAGGGAAGGGGCGGAUUAUAGUGAAGCACAGGGGGAUGGGGAGGCGGAAGGGGAGGGGGAGGGGGAGGGAGAAGGGGAGGGGGAGAGUGAGGCGGGAGACGCGGAGGAAAAGGGAAGCGGUGAUUACAACAAAUCGGCUGAUAAAGUCGAGCAAGCAGAGGGGGAUUCAUCGUCGUCUUCCGCCUUCCCUUCCCCUGGGUCGUUCAUUCCGCUUCCACCCGUGUUGGCGGGAGAUGCGCAUCCUCCCCCCGCGCCCGUCAAGGAGCAGUUUCUGUGGCGCAACCCGCGCAGCCACGGCUACGCCAAGUGCAAUGCGGAGGGCAAAAAGGGCGCCGCGCUCCAAGAUCGUCGCAAGGGCAGUCGCGGUCCUCUUCACAGUCGCCUGCGGGGUCGCCCGGCGAAAUCUGCAGUGGAGCACGCGGCGCGCGCAAUGGCAAUGGCGGAGUGGGAGCGGAAGGUUCAGGACCCUGCGCGGCGAAAGCGCGUGCUAAUAUUGAUGAGUGACACUGGCGGGGGCCAUCGCGCGAGCGCGGAGGCUCUGAAAUCGACGUUCGAGAUGGAAUUCGGUGACAAGUAUGACGUCAACGUCGUCGACAUGUGGACGGAUCACACGCCAUGGCCGUUUAACCAACUCCCCAAGAGCUACAACUUUCUCGUCCGACACGAGACGCUCUGGAAAAUGACCUACUAUGCGACGAAGCCCAAGUUCGUGCAUCAGCCGCAGAUGGCGGCGACGUUUGCGUUUGUGGCGCGGACGGUGUCCAAGGGGUUGGAUAAAUACAAGCCGGACGUGAUUGUAAGCGUGCACCCGUUGAUGCAGCACAUUCCGCUGCGUGUGCUUAAAUCGAGGGGCCUUCUACACCGCAUCCCGUUCAUCACUGUAGUCACGGAUCUCACCACCUGCCAUCCGACGUGGUUCAGCAGACAAGUCAGCGUUUGUUUCUGCCCGACGAAGGAAGUCGCGCAACAGGCACUUAAAGCCGGACUUCAGCCAUCGCAAAUCCGGGUGCACGGGCUCCCCAUCCGCCCCGCCUUCGCCAAGCCUUCGGGGCCUCAGGCCGAGGUUCGACAAUCACUAGGCAUGGACCCUGAACUGCCAGCGGUGCUGCUGAUUGGCGGAGGCGAAGGCAUGGGCCCAGUUGAGGUGACCGCCAGGGCUCUGGCGACAACACUGGCGCCGGAAAUGCCAGGCGGGAGAGCGAAGGGACAGCUGAUUGUGAUUUGCGGGAGAAACAAGCAGCUGCAGGCGACCCUGGAAGCCAUGACGUGGCCCAUGCCGACGCAGAUCAAGGGUGUGGUUACCAACAUUCCCGAAGUCAUGGCAGCUUCAGAUUGUGUCAUCAGCAAGGCUGGACCUGGCACCAUUGCUGAGUCAAUGAUCAAAGGCCUACCCAUGAUCUUGAAUGGCUUCAUUGCUGGCCAGGAAGCUGGCAAUGUUCCCUUCGUUGUCAAGAACGGGGCUGGGUUGUUCGAGGAGAAUCCCCAAAAGAUCGCUCACAUAGUGGCCGACUGGUUUGGACCCAAGGUGGAUCAAUUCAAGCGGAUGGCAACGAAUGCUCACCGAUUAGCCCGACCCGACGCGGUGUUCCGGAUCGUUCGUGACCUCGACCAACUAGCAAACCGACCUCACACUCUUGAUAACGUCACGUUUGCGUACUCUUGA